AUGGAUCCGAACUAUCGGAUCAAUAUGGUGACGCGCUUUGUGAUGUUUGCUAUAUGUGUAUUUUAUAUAAAUCUCAUCUACACCAUCUACGUGGGAAUUGUUAUAGAAGAUGAUUGGACAAUCGUAUUGCAAGCGACUGCCUUACUCCCUAGCGGCUUAGAGGGUAUGACGAAGCUUAUAUCGAUUCUAAAGGAUAAAGAUGGUUGGCGCUUCUUGGGAAUGGCCUUGGAAAAUGUCUAUAUCGAAUAUGAACAGAAGAACCAAAGAUACAGGGAAUGCCUAAUGAAACACAUAUUGAUAUUGAAGUUCCAGGACCUUAAUGCAGUUCUACAGGACACACAUGAUUCAUCCGAGACGUUCCUCAUGCUGGCGGACAUUUUUAAAUGGCAUCAACAAUAUAUUUACAUUAUUGAAAAAACUGAGAUGAUAUUUUUUAACGUCGUUUUUGUACAAAUCUUUGCCAAAGCAUACGGAAUGUUGGUUUCUCUUGUCUGUCAUUUCUUGGGCGUUUGGCCUUUGGCUUUAUUAUUUUUGGUCUACAGCUUCGUGAUGCUCAAUUCAUACUGCGCCCUAGGCACUGUGGUUGAGACUUCGAACGGGGAAGUACGCGACUGUAUUUAUAAUGAAUGUUUGUGGUACGAAAUGUCGGUCACAGAGCAGAAAAUGGUGCUGAUAAUGCUGAUGAAGUCACAAAACACCAUUAACUUAUCGGUGGGUAGGGUGAUGGAUCUAUCUAUGGCUACGGCGCUAAGUGUGACAAAGGCAAUUUACAGUUAUGCAAUGGUUCUGAAUAAUUUUUUACAAUAG